AUGGUUGAAUCCUCUCAACCAUCCAACUCUGAUAUUUGCCACGUAAAAGAUGAAUUAAAAAAAAUUCUCAUAUAUUUUAAGAAAUGUGAAAAUAAUUUAUCUGAUAAUCAUUUGAUUAGAGCAAAAAUAAAUGAAAUUAAUGAGCAAGGAUUAGAAUUUCAUUCUUGUUUACAAAAAUCCAUCACGCAGAGCAUCACACUUGAAAAACAUGCCGAAAAUAUGAUUGAAUGUAUAGAAAUUUUAGGGAGCUCAAACUUUAGUCCAGAUUGUGUUUCAGAAAUCUUACGUACUCAUUUAGAUGAUACUCAAACAAAUAGGGAGGAAACUCGACAAAUAAAAGAUAAAUAUAAUAAUAUUAAGGGUAGAUUGAUUGAAAUUAACAAUGAAAUUUCUGCUCGCUCCAUCACAAAUAUGCAAUUAUUACUGGAAAAUGAAGAAGAAUUAAAGGACCUUGAAAGAAGUAAUGGCAAACUCGUGACCAUGGGGAUCAUUCUUAUGUUUGUACUUGUUUUUGGAAAAUUGAAUAUUAAUAAUAAAGAUGAUGCCUUGAUUUUUCUUGGAAUUAUGGUUGUGACGGUUGGCAUAUAUUUUUUAAAUAUCAAUAGAGAUAAAAAAAAAAUUAGAAAACUUGAAAGAGAAAUAAAAGAGAUAAGAGAUUUUGAAGAAGCAUUGACGAAAGGAAUUAAUGUAGAACAAAUCUUUAGAGGCAUCAACCCUUUAGUAUUUCAAAUGGGACAUUACAAUGUUUAUUGGGAUACUCAAUAUAAUCGAUUAAAUAUUUUGUUACAAGAGAGAACAGAAAGUCAAGCAAUUCAAUUAGCUUUGUCGAAGGCUAACGCUAGGUGGGAAAAAAUUAUGGUGGAAUGUGAUAAUUAUACUAAAACCGUACGUAAGCUUGUGAAAGAAUCUAGAGAAACGGAAAAUUCUUAA